AUGGCAACACAAUCGGAGACUGAAAGCCUGAUCAGUUUCGAAUUGGGGGCCCACCAGUAUCUGGCACGUCCUAUUGAAAGUUAUGGCGUCCUGGAGGCUCUUUCAGACAGCUCUGGUCUAGUCACCUACCUUCAUGUAUCCAAGGAUAAAACCCUUGACGCAAAUGCCCUUGAGGACUGGCGAGCAUCUCUUCUAGCGAAAGACGAUGUAUUCCAUGUUGACUUUCUUCAACACAUCAUCAUUGGAGGUGCCUGCUCGAGUGAGGUGCAUCUUACUGAAGAUGUCCAGGACUUAUUUCAAGGAUGGAACACGACAAAGAUAACGUACGAGCCACAGCUUGAUAUUGCCAGUGGGCCAUAUUAUAUCCAAAAAGGCAUUCUAUACUCCGUAUGGAAAGUCUAUGAAGACUGUCAGCUUGCCUUCUUACAGGCGACCUGGCCCUCAUCCCAGGGAGAUGGGACACUCUUUAAGACCAUAUCUGCCGGUAGUGACUACCGUGGGCACGGAAUUGCUGUCCCCGCGAGGUCAUACUCGAUCAAAUGGCCAUCAAUAUCUACACAGAUUGAGGACGAUUCGGACAGUGUACUGAGAGGCAUGAGGGUUUCUGUUAAAGACAAUGUUCACAUUAAUGGGACUCGGACAACCCUCGGCAAUCGCGCAUACCUUGAGACAUACCCUGCCCAGGAGCAUAAUGCAGAGGUCGUAUCACGACUUAUAAAAGCAGGUGCACAUAUCGUCGGGAAGAACCAUCUCAGUUGCCUUGCUAUGAUGGAGCAUCCAACUCAGAGUGCUGACUUUCAAGCACCGUUUAAUCCACGGGGCGAUGGCUACCUACUCACCGGCGGCAGCAGUACUGGAAGCGCUGCUGCAGUUGCUGCUUAUGACUGGUUGGAUACUUCAAUCUGCAGUGACACAACUGGUAGUGUUCGAACCCCAGCCUUGCAGACUGGAGUUUUUGGGUUCCGCCCUUCUACCGGCGCUGUGAGUGGCGAGGGCCUGGUGAACGCUUGGCCUGAUAUGGAUACAGUUGCAUGGGUGGGAAGAGAUCUGAAGAUGUUCCCAGACGUCUUUCGUGUCCUUGCAAACUCCUGGGCUACUGCCAAGGGGGGGAAUUUUUCAAGUGAAGAUUCGAUAGAAAUAUUGUAUCCCAGUGAUUUCCUCCCCGGAAACUCUGAACAGUCACGAGUCACAGAGGACUUUCUUGCCCAGAUAACCUCGGCAACAGGCGGUUCUUUUCGCCCAAUUUCUAUACACGACGACUGGCGGAAUACCGCGCCGGUGGAGGAAAAGGAUCUCCGACAGUAUCUCUACAAUCUCACUCAACAUGGCUGGUUCUACUCUGCAUACAAAUCCUUUGAGCAGUUCAGAAACGACUAUAUUGAGAAGCAUGGAUAUAGCCCAUUCGUGACCGAGGUGGUAAGGUGGUAUUGGGCCUUGGGAAAGGAUGUGACUGGCGAGGACUAUCCUGAGUUACGGAAUCGUCUCGCAAUAUUCCGGAACUGGUUCCUAGAACAGUAUCUGCAGGACCGGCCGCGCAACACGCUAAUAGCGAUGCAUAUUGACACCGUGAGACCCAAAUACCGCGACGAGUACCCAGGAGCAAACAACCCGGAUGUGCCUGGACUCCGCGCCACGUAUCUUUCGGCAAUCCUUCAAGCCCCUGAGUUGGCUAUUCCAAUUGGUCAAAUCGAUUACUACUCCCGGAUCAUCGAACGACUCGAGAAAAUUCCCGUGGCCGUAUGUUUGAUGGGGGCGCCUGGAACCGAUUUGGAACUGAUAGAAUGGACCCUGCAAGCUAUGGAGAAGGCUGAUCGCCCAACGAAAGUCAAGACCGGAAAGCUGGCCUUCUAAAUACUGACCGGCGGGACGAAUGUUUUCACGUAAGCCAUAGAUGGUGUUUUGUUGAAGCCAUUGAUUUAAUCAACAUAUGAAGCCCCAAUCCAUGGUCAUUCGUAGAGCAGGAGCCAUGGGCCGAUGGGCGGAACUGUUGGCCGAAUCCACCUAAAUCGCAUAGGUUGUAGUUCCAGGCGAGCUUCCC